AUGAAACAGAAACAACCAGGAAGAGAGAGAAAAAGGCGAUUUGCUGCUUUACAGACAGAGAUGGGAGAAAAAAAGCGGGCCACUUGCAAUCAGGUUCCCCAAAAUCCCACCCUAAAAAAGCCCAGCUGGUACAAGACUCUGCAGAUGCCAUGGUCUCAGGAGAGUCCUAGAGUGGCCCAAAACCAUAAAGGUCAUAGAGUUGGGGAGUAAGGGUUGCUCACGUUUCCGGUUUCCGGUUUCUCGCCGGGUCAGAGCGUUGAGAUCCAUUUCCGGGAGCGAUAUCGCCAGUUGCAGAGCGCGGGAAGAGCGGUUGCGACCAGGUAGGUGAGUUGCAGAGAGGCUAGUUCCGUAAUAACAAUAAUAUUAAUUAAUAACAGCAAUAAAAACAAGAAUUUCUGGCAAUAAUAAGAAUAAGAGAGAGGUGAGCAGGUAUCUGAUCCUGUGAGCCAGCAAAGCCCCUCUGAAUUCAACGGGGCUGGCUCCCUAGAGAGGCUGCUUAGGAUUGCUGCCACGUUUUUACCCGGAAGUAAGGCCCCGUGGGAUUCAAUGGGGAUCCUUCCCAAGUAAGCGCCUGCAGGGUUGCAGGUUGUAAUCUUUUACCCGCUUCUCUGGGAAUAAGCCCCCAUUGAACUUCGUGGGGCUCGCCUCUGAGAGGACAUGUAGAGAAUUGGGCUCGAAAUUUAGAAACCGUGUGAGGUUUGUGGGGAUGUUUACCCCCCGCCAUAUCGACUGGGGAGAUCGCCUCCAUUCCUAAACUGGUCCUAAAAGGAUUCCCUUUUUUGGUUUCCUAAAUCGAUUGGGACUAGAUUUGGGAUGUCGCGUUUUUCAUUUCCCAAAGGAGCUGGGAAGCGUUCCACGUUAAUGCUAGCUUGUAUCCUGGCAUGUAGAUUUUUAAAGUCUCUUCUCUCUGUGACCUUUAACUUAUUUUAAACGGUUUUUUUCCAUUCUGUUUUAAUUGUUGUAACCUGUCCUGUGACCUUGGUGUGGAGGGCAGGUAAUAAUAAAUCACAGUAAGUCCUACUCAGGGUGGGCCCAUUAAGUUAGUCAUGUCUAUUAACUUGCCUAUCUGGAGGGUGUUCAGUUGGUGGGGGGCUGCUCUAAAAGCACACACCCCCACCCAAAAAAAAUUCCUUGGCAGAUUCCUGUAUCUACAAUUCAGUGUUUACUUGGCAGUUUUUAUUUUUAUUAUUUUUAUCAUUAUUGAUUGAAUUAAACUUGUUGAGUUCAGUGGGGCUAUUUGUUUAGAAUUUUCAGUCCCUGCAAAAGCAAACAUUUAGUCUCCACUAAAUUACUUGCCUAUGAUACUCAAACACAAAAAUAUUUAAACAUAUUAUUAUUUUCUUUUUUAUAUAAGAAUAUAUAAUUGAUAAAAAUGUAAAAUUCAAUAAAAAUUAUUUUUAAAAGGCAACAAAGUUUAGUGGUGACUAGUUGAAACUUUAGUUUUACCCAAAUAGCAAGUUCUAACUGCCAUGCUGAGUUGUGGAUCUGCUGUUUACAAAUAAAUACAGUGCACCCUCUGGAUACGAACUUAAUUCACCCCAGGGGUCCAUACUUACCCUGAAAAGUCCGUAUCCAGAGGCACCGCUUCUGCACAUAUGUGCAGCACGAUAGAGCACUUCUGCGAAGUGCGCAGAGUAUUUUUACAGAUGCGCGCGCAGCGAAACCCGGAAGUGUUUGCCGCAUUUGCAACCUGAAAUUACGUUACCCGAAGGUAACGUAACCAGAGGUACCAUUGUACAGUCAUAUCUUGGGUUACAGAUGUUUCAGGUUGCAUUUCUUCAGGUUACGGACCGCCAAAACCCGGAAGUACCAGAACUGGUUAAUUCCGGGUUUCAGCAGUCGCAGAAGCGCUAAAUUGCGCUUUGCACAUGUGCGGAAGUGCCGAAUCGUAACCCAUGCGUGUGCAGAUGCGGGUUGCAAACGUGCAUCCCACACGGAUCACGUUCGCAACUCGAGCGUCCACUGUACAUCUACUGGGAAAAAUUGUUUAAACGUUUAAUAAAAACAAAAAAUCUCGAGUGAGAACCACUGUAACCUUUGUUUGAGGAGCCAUUUGGCACCCAGCUUACCUGUAUAUUUCUGAGUUUCUGACACUGGUGUUGCCUUCCCUGUGGCAUCUGAAACGCCACUCUGGGAUUCGAGACUUGGUGGAUGGAUCUCAUUGGUGCUAUUGUGUUUAUUUUCUUAGAUCCAAUGAUGGUUGAACAAGAGGGCGCGGAUUGCAAGCCGAUGAUGGAUGAUGGAGAAGGAAGCCAGUCUUUUGAAGCAAUGUGUUCCCUUGGAAGCUCAGGAGAUUGGCUUAAUGUGAAGGAGGAACCUCAAGAGAAUUCAACCCAGCUAUGGGAAACACAGUGGCAACAGUACUUGAAUACAGUGGAGCUUCCUCCCUCGGGAGCCCCGCAGGAACCCACCCCGUGGGACGAUGCUCCGACGUUCCUGGCCUCCUUCGAGCAAGUGGCUGAAGCCUACCGGUGGCCCAAGGAAGAGUGGGCAGCCCGGCUCCUGCCUGCGCUGGGUGGCGAAGCCGAGCAGGCCUUUAAAAGCCUGGAGGGCCCAGACAGAGAGGAUUAUGGGAAGGUAAAGGCCGCCAUUUUGCAAGGAGACACCAUGAUCAGGGAGAAGCACCGCCAGCACUUCCGGUGUUUCAGCUACCAGGAGGCCGAAGGGCCCAGAGGGGCCUACGCCCGGCUGCAGGAGCUUUGCUACCGGUGGCUGAAAGUCGAGAGGCACUCCAAGGAGGAGAUUCUGGAGCUGCUGAUCCUGGAGCAGUUCCUGGCUGUCCUGCCGCCAGAGAUGCAGAGUUGGAUGAAGGAGCACUGCCUCGAGAGCAGCACCCAUGCCGUGUCCCUGGCCGAGGAUUUCCUGAUCAGGCACCUGGUGCCCGAGAGAAGAGAAGAGCAGGUAAGAGAGAGCUGAAUCGAGGACAAAAUCGGUCUCUGCCUUUAAAACGGGCCUUAACUCCCAAGUGGACAAUUUCCAUAGCGCUUAGAAAUAACUCGGGUCUUGUUAAAAGAAAAUCUGUUAAAAAUGAUGUAUAGAUGGUACCACACACCAAUUAAAUUGACAAAGAGGUAUAAAACAGGAGAAAAGAACCCACAGGGCAGCAGAUUUUUUCCUGGCAAAUCCACAUCACUGCAGGUGACAUUUUAAAAAUCUCAUACAUUUUUACCCCAAUUUCCACAAAUGUUUAUACCCUGCGGCCUGCACUUCCUUCCAGAAGAGCUCAGGGUAGCAAACACAGCAGUGUUAAAGCAGUAAUAGUAAAAUACCUGUUUAAAACAUCUAAAAACAGCAACACGCACACAAAUGUAAAGCUGGUGUACAACAACAACAACAAAGAUGGAACCAAAUCACAUGUCAGCCUGCUAAAACAGAAAAGUCCUGUAGAUUUUCCAGAAAACUUCCGCUGGAUUCCCCAGGAAAAAAACCUAAAUUGGUGAUUUAGCAGGUUUAUUUAAGCAACUUUAACAGGUGAUUUAGCAGGUUUAUUUAAGCAACUUUUACAUUUCAGUUUCCUCCACUGAAAAUGAACCAUGUUACAUUUCCAUACUGUGCAAAUAUCUCUCUAAUAGGUGCUAAAUGAUCGAAGGGAAUGGUUCUGUUAAGACACGACCCCCGCCUGAUGGGUUUUGCAUUAUUCUUGUAGGUGGCUACGCUCCCAGAGGAAGGAUCUGUGAAUCUUCUUCAGGAGACAGAGAGUGAAUCAUGGGAGGAUGACACUGACAUUGGUAAGAAUUCCUUCAACCAGAGUUUCUUUCGGCAAGCGUUUGGGCUUUCCCCCACAAGGCUGUGGAUACUUUCCUCUUUGUUUGUGGCUGUUUUGGCCGCAGCGGAAUCGCAUGCUCAGCCUGAUCGUUAGAAAUAGAAGGAAAUGGUUACAGAGGUUAGCAGGCACAACUUGGAUAAUGCUAUCCACCAGCCAACAAAAUCAAGCUAAGCUGGGUAAGAAUCUUGUUUUAAAAAAAUCUGAAACACUUCUAAAUAUCUUAAGUAGAUGAAAUACAGUUUUGAUCCAGUGUAAAGAUACAUUCAAAACAGAUAAAAUUGCAAAGUGUGAUGCAUAAAAAUCAAUGUUUAAAAAAACCCCCAAAAGAAUUGGAUUUUUAAAAUUUAAAUCGGAUUUAUGUAUUUCUAAUAGUAUAACCAAAUCUGUAAUUUUUGAUAUAACUGUAAAAACUACUCUGAAAAUUUAUUGUUCCAAAAAUGAAACCUUCAUCUGGUUGUAAAUAUUAAGAUUAUACGAGCAAGAAUGAGUCUUUCUGUAAAAAAAAAAGAAGGGGGAAAAAAAGAUUUAAAUUAAGUCUUACUGACUAAUGAUUUAAAUCAAAUCCACCCUGUUGCAAAGAAAGUACAAUAACAAUCUGACCUUUCUAUUCAGGUCAAAGCUUGAAGAAAAUCCUUAUAGAAUCAAAACGUAACCAUGAAAUUUGUCAAAGGCCAAUAGUCAAAAUACAGUGGUACCUCUGAUUGCGAACGGGAUCUGUUCCGGAGGCCCGUUCGCAACAUGAGCAGAACGCAACCUGCGUGAGUCGCGAUUUGCUGCUUCUGCGCAUGCGUGUGAUGUCAUUUUGAGCGUCUGUGCAUGCGCGAGUGGCAAAACACAGAAGUAACCCUUUCCGGUACUUCCAGGUCGCCACAGAAUGCAACCUGAAAAGAUUUAACCUGAAGCAAACGUAACAAGAGGUAUGACUGUAGAUAAAACUACAAAGAUGAGAGUUAGUAAUUAUUUACUGUUACCUACAUUGGCUCCCAGGACGUUUCCGAGCACAAUUCAAAGUGUUGGUGCUGACCUUUAAAGCCCUAAAUGGUCUCGGUCCAGUAUAUCUGAAGGAGCGUCUCCACCCCCAUCGUUCUACCCAGACACUGAGGUCCAGCACCGAGGGCCUUCUGGCGGUUCCCUCACUGCGGGAAGCCAAGUUACAGGGAACCAGGCAGAGGGCCUUCUCGGUAGUGGCACCCUCCCUGUGGAAUGCCCUCCCACCAGAUGUCAAAGAGAAAAACAACUACCAGGCUUUUAGAAGACAUCUGAAGGCAGCCCUGUUUAGGGAAGCUUUUAAUGUUUGAUGUAUUGCAGUGUUUUAAUAUUUUUUUUUUGGAAGCCACCCAGAGUGGCUGGGGAAGCCCAGCCAGAUGGGCAGGGUAUAAAUAAUAAUUUAUUAUUAUUAUUAUUGUUGUUGUUGUUGUUGUUGUUGUUGUUAUUUUAGUUUCUGGCAAGACUUAGGUAGACAGAAUACGUGCCCUUCAUCAUUCUCUUGGUCCAUGUAAACGCUUAACAGGAGAACUCUUUGUCAUUUCAACAGACCUUGGGACAGUGCAGGAAGAUGGAAGUGAGAAUUAUCUGCCUGAAGAGAAUGGGCAAGAGAACCAUCCACCUGAGAUGGGGCCAUGGGGUGUGUCGGCAGAGAGAGCCAAGGACAACAGUCCCCAGUAUUGGAAGGAGGGAGACGUCUUGGAGAAUAGUCACAGAGCGGAACGGCAGCAGGUGAUCUACCUGAGGAAAGAUGGGCAAAGAUCUGUUCUUUGUGAGAAGGUUGGCAGGGAAGCAAGUAUAACUGUGAUCUACCAGGGAACCAUCAAUGGCAAGAGAAGUGAGAAGGCCUCGCACACUCGGAGAAAACUGCACAAAUGUUCCCACUGUGAGAAAACCUUUAGUUGCCCAACACACCUGAGAAAACACCUGAUACUGCAUUCGGCUGAGAAGCCCCUUAAAAAUAUUGGAAGAGACCACUCUGGAGAGGAACCCUAUAAAUGCACAGAUUGUGGAGAGAGUUUCUCACAGAGCUCAUCUCUUGACAGCCACAGAAAGGAGGUGCAUCAGGAAAUGAAAUCUGCCACCCUGCGGAAAAAUGUAUUUGGUGGGCAGAAGGGAUACCACACAUGCCCCGAGUGCGGGAAAAUAUUCUUCAAGCCAUCAAAGCUGAAAGUACAUAAACGUCUCCACUCUGGAGAGAAACCCUAUCGGUGUAUGGAUUGCGGAGAGUGUUUUAUGUGGCAGUCAGGUUAUAUUCGCCAUGGGAAGGUGUGUCGCCAGCGAAAGAAAUUGACCCUCCCCCUGCCAAAAGAAUCUAGUGGACAAGGGAGAUCCUACCCGUGCCCUGAGUGUGCGAAAACGUUUGACAGGCCAUCGCACCUAAUAAGACACCAAGUUGUUCACACUGGAGAGAAACCUUAUAAAUGUGCUGAUUGUGGGAUGUGCUUCCCCCAAAGCUCAUCUCUUGACUGUCAUAGAAAACGGAUUCACCAGGGAAAGAGACUGGUCCCUCUUCUGAAAAAGCUACCCAGCACGCGACCCUCCCGAUGCUGUGAGUGUGGAAGAAGGUUCAGCAAGGCUUCGCACCUCAUAAGACAUUGCCUCCACACUGGAGAGGAGACCUACAAAUGCGCUGACUGUGGCGAGUGUUUCUCACGGAGCUCCUGUCUUGCCAGUCACAGAAAGGAGAUGCAUCAGGAAAGGAAAUCUUCCCCCCUCCAGAACAACGUAUCUGUUGGGCAGGAGAAAUGUCACCCAUGCCUUGAGUGCGGGAAAAUAUGCUCCCACCCAUCAGCGCUAAAAGCACAUCAGCGGAUUCACACUGGAGAGAAACCCUAUCAGUGUACCGAUUGCGGGGAGUGUUUCAUGUGGGGUUCAUCUCUUUCCCGUCAUAGGCAGACGGCUCACCAGGGACAGAAACUGGUUCCCCUUUCGCACAAAGUAUCUAGCGGACAAGGGAAAUCAUGCCCGUGUCCCGAGUGUGGGCUAGAGUGCAGGUGGAUAUCGCAACUAAUAAGACAUCAACGCAUCCACACUGGAGAGAAACCCUUUAAGUGCCCUGAUUGUGGAAAGUGUUUCAGAUGGAAUUCAUAUCUUGCUUGCCAUAGGAGAAACUGUCAUGGGGGAAUGAAAUUGGUCCCCGAUGUGCAAGGGGGGGCCUCCCAACAACCUGAGCACGGGCAAACAUUCAGCAAGACGUCACACCUAAUGAGACGUCAAGAGAUCCACACCGAGAAGAGCCGCCACAGCUGCGCCGACUGCGGGAAAAGUUUUGGUCGAGCAUCGCACCUCAUGAGACACCAGAGAAUCCACACAGAGAAGCAGCACAAAUGCUCCGACUGCGGGAAAUGUUUUGGUCAAGAGUUGCACCUCGCAAGUCACCAGAGAAUCCACACGGGAGAGAAGAGGCACAAAUGCCCUGACUGCGGGAAAGGUUUUGAUCGAGUGUCACGCCUCGCAAGGCACCAGAAAAUCUGGAUGGGAAAGAAGUUUUACAAAUGCUCCGAAUGUGAGGAGAGUUUUUUUUGCAGGGCCAGCCUUGAGAAACACAAAACGUCUCACUCUGAAUUGUAGGCCCUCAAGAGUGCGUCUGAGCAACUUAACAGAGGGGGUCACCACAGAAAAGGCCUCCCACCCCCAUUGCUGACUUCCAAAUUUCCUGGCUCAUUUCGAUUUGUUUAGUUUAAUCGGACAAAAUGCCAGCUUGUUUACUAGCCUUUUGGUAAAAAGACUGUAAUAUAGUUCCAAAAUGUAAUUCAUUUAGACCUGGUAGGUUUUAUUAAGGACAGGUCGGUCGCUGACCCAAUCCACAUUGAAUUUAGUCCGUUAUAUAAAGUAACAUAAAAUUUCUUCUCUCUUUAGAGUAAGCUUUUGAUAACAAAUUUGUAAUUUUCAAACCAUCAAAAUAUGAGAGGGGAAUUCUUAGGUGUGGUGCCUUGAUUAUAUGCUAACAAUGUGGUUAAACAAAUUGAAAAAUCAGCAAUGUUUUGGACUUUCCAGAGAAGAACAAAAAAGUAACUCAUUUGACACCACUUCCAAUAAACAACAGUGUCAUAGGAGUGCUUAUCCCAAGAAACGUCUCAAAAUGAUUUUUUAAAUCCUUUUUUAAUAAAUGUUAAGUAGUGGUGGGGGGAAUUUUUUUUCAGUAUGGCGUAGCUAGGAAGAGUAGCUGCCAUAAAAUUGUUAGACCCAAAUUCAUAUCAAUUUAAAGUUCUGCCUACUGAUUUCAGUAGCUAAAACUUUCAGUAGCUAAACUUGUGGCAGAAUUUAUUUAGUUCAUUUAUACGUUUGGGGUGGGGAGGGAAUCAAGAUUUAUAGCCAAAGUUAUCUACAGCAUUUGUAAGGCCUUUCAAAAUUAUCUGAUGCAGUGAUGGCAACAAAAAACAAUGGAUUGAUAUGGAAAAACAACUAAAUACCUUUAAACAAAAUUAGAGCAAAUUCAUUUAUCUCCACUAGAGAACCCUUUCCUAAAAUGUACCUUUAAAUUUUGGAUUGAAAAACUGAAUGUGUGGACACUUAAUUCAUCCCAGUGCUUUUAUCAUCCUCUCUUUUUAUAGCUCUGAUAAUUGUCAUCAAUUUGUCAACUGGGGAAGGAACUAUAUCUACCAUAAUAAAUACCUUCAUAAUGGAGUUCAAUUAAAAUCCGGCCAACAAUUAAAAAAAUAAAAUAUCAGGCACUCCUGGUAUAAUAUACACCAAAUUCUCCAUUUUGGGGACCCCCCCCCCGGUAAUAUGGAAAUUAAUGAAUAUGGAAAUGCUAAUUACACAGUGUAAGAACCCAGUUUCCUAAGGGACCUAGUUUCCAAUACUUACAUGGGCUACCAAAUUGUUAGAGUAGAAAAAACUUUUAGAUCCAAAAACUCACACCCCUUUUUUAUAUACAAAUUUGUUAAGAGAGAGGGAAGGAGGAAGCCAAAUAAUCAGCUCACAUGCACAGCGCAAUAAACAUCAGUGCAUCCAUCUUAAUUUACACAUACAUUGAUAAUAUGUGCUCCAAAUGUUCAAAUCAGUUACCAAACAAGGUUGGCGUACAGAGUUAGUGUUUCUGUGACUUUGAUUGGAGUUAACAUGCUUUGCAGCCGCUGCAUAUGUUUCCCCCAGUACAAUUUAUUCUUUGUAAAAUGCAUUUUCUGACGCACUCUUUAUUUGUCUGUUCUGCUCCUUAAGUUGUUGAUCUCCUACUUUACAAGCUUCCAGUAAAUAUUGAGAAACAAUA